CAUAACAUUCCCAACACAAUUCUUCCUUUAAAUUACACAUUCUUACACCAUUUUGCUUUCUCACAGCACCACCAGAUCCAGCUAUGACCACCCACACCAAGACCAACCUCGAUGGAGUGCACUCUGAUGUCAAGGUCGUCCAAAGACCAACCAAAGAAAAAUCCCACGAUCUCUUCCUGCGCUUUCUUGGCCUCUCACUCACUCUUGUUGCAACCAUUCUUGUUGGUGUAGACAAUGAAACCAAAGUCAUCUCCUACGCUGAAAUGAAAUUCAGAGCCACUGCUAAGUGGGAAUAUAUGUCUGCUAUGGUGUUUUUCGUGGUGUCAAACGCAAUAGCAUGUUCAUAUGCAGCUGCAUCAUUGGUGAUAACAGUGAUGGCAAGAAGCAGUGGAACAAGAAAAAGCGAUUUGACAGAUUUGGUGAUAACAGCUUUAGACCUUGUGUUGAUGGCACUGUUGUUCUCAGCCAAUGGUGCAGCUUGUGCAGUGGGAGUCAUAGCGCAGAAAGGUAACAAGCACUUGCAAUGGAUGAAAGUGUGCGAUGUCUUUGAUGCUUAUUGUCGUCACAUGACAGCUGCAUUGGUCCUCUCCAUUAUUGGGUCGACGGUGUUUCUCUUGCUGGUGCUUCAUUCUGUUCUCAAACUCCAUUACAGAUCAAGAAGCUAGACAUUAUUCACCUUUCAAUUUGUUAGCGAAGGGUUUUCUUGAGUGAAUCUGUUUUUGGCUUAGAGCUUGAAGUUCAAAAUCUGGUAGUGGUUAAAUUGAAUUUGGUUUCGUGUGUUUGUAGUGAAUACACUUUAGCAGAUGGUAGGUCGAUUUAUUUAAGAGCAGUAACAGUAAAUAUAGGUAGCUACUACUUUGCUUAUGAAUGCAUGACAAAGCCAUUUCACUUUGGAAAAGUAGGUAAAUGCAGUAACUUGUUUGUAGCUACUCAAGAUCAAUAUAUGCAACCUUCUUCA